AGCGCCCAGAGCCAGGUUCUCCUCCGCAGCUAGCACCUCAAAUCGAAUUCACAUUCGGAAGGUUCGAAAAAGAAGUAUCCUUCGAAAGCUUAGAUCAUCCCUGGGGCCAUGGACUCGGACGCCAGCCUGGUGUCUAGUCGCCCGUCGUCGCCAGAACCCGAUGAUCUUUUUCUGCCCGCCCGGAGCAAGGGGGGAAGCAGCAGCGGCUUCACCGGAGGGACCGUGUCCUCGUCCACGCCGAGCGACUGCCCGCCAGAGCUGAGCUCCGAGCUGCGAGGGGCCAUGGGCGCGGCGGGCGCGCAUCCCGGGGACAAACUGGGCGGCGGUGGCUUCAAGUCAUCUUCCUCCAGCACCUCCUCGUCCUCGUCUUCGGCGGCCCCGUCUUCCACCAAGAAAGACAAGAAGCAGAUGACUGAGCCCGAGCUGCAGCAGCUGCGCCUGAAGAUCAACAGCCGCGAACGCAAGCGCAUGCACGACCUCAACAUCGCCAUGGACGGCCUGCGGGAGGUCAUGCCGUACGCGCACGGCCCGUCGGUGCGCAAGCUCUCCAAGAUCGCCACGCUGCUGCUGGCGCGAAACUACAUCCUGAUGCUCACCAACUCGCUGGAGGAGAUGAAGCGACUAGUGAGCGAGAUCUACGGGGGUCACCACGCCGGCUUCCACCCGUCGGCCUGUGGCGGGCUGGCACACUCGGCGCCUCUACCCACCGCCACGGCGCACCCCGCGGCCGCCGCGCACCACCCGGCCGUGCACCACCCCAUCCUCCCUCCCGCAGCCGCGGCAGCAGCCGCCGCAGCCGCCGCCGCAGCGGUGUCCAGCGCCUCUCUACCGGGCUCCGGGCUGUCCUCGGUCGGAUCCAUCCGGCCUCCUCACGGCCUGCUCAAGUCUCCGUCCGCAGCCGCCGCCGCCCCUCUCGGAGGCGGGGGUGGAGGCAGCGGUGGCAGCGGUGGCUUCCAGCACUGGGGCGGCAUGCCGUGCCCCUGUAGCAUGUGCCAGGUGCCGCCGCCGCAUCACCACGUGUCGGCCAUGGGCGCCGGCACCUUGCCGCGCCUCACCUCCGACGCCAAGUGA